AUGAAGUCUACUUUCGUUGCCGCUGCCGCGCUUCUCGCCGGUGCUGCUUCCGCCGCCAAGGAUGAAGGCACUUUCGCUGUCUUGCGCUUCACCAACAAGCAGCUCACCAGAGGUCGCAUGGACCCCAUUCUCUUCCCCGGAGAAACCUCUACCCACGUUCACAACAUCAUGGGUGGAAGUGGUUUCAGCACCAGCGCCACUGGAAAGGACCUCAUGGAGUCAAAGUGCAGCAACGCCAUGAUCAAGGGCGACAACAGUGCCUACUGGUUCCCCAGUCUCUACUUCCAAGAUCCCAAGUCUGGCAAGUUUGAGGAUGUUGAAUUCGAUUACUUCAACGCCUACUACUUCUUCGAGAAGACUCACGAUGAGAUCAAGCCUUUCCCUGCUGGUCUGCAGAUUGUUGCUGGUGAUGCCAUGACCCGCACCAUGCCCAAGGCUGGCGCCAAGCCCAACCUUGACCCUUCCAAGGGCCCUGUCAACGCCGCGAGAAUGACCUGCCCUCGCGCCAACAACGACUACACUGUCCCCUCUUGGGAUGCCAAGUCAGACGGCACCACAGCUGGUGUCGGUGACCCCAUCACCAAGAAUGAGGGCGUCGGAUUCCCUGACCGAACCUGUGACGGCACCUUCUCUCCUCUCCGAGCUGAUGUUCACUUCCCCUCUUGCUACAACCCCGAGGCUGGCCUUACCGACUUUAAGAACAACAUGGCCUACCCCGAGGACAACGACGGCUACCUCGACUGCCCCAAGGGCUGGAUCCACGUCCCUCAUCUCUUCUACGAGGCUUACUGGAACACUAACAAAUUCCAGGGCCGCUGGACUGAGGGAGAGGGCAAGCAGCCCUUUGUCUUCUCCAACGGUGACGUUACUGGUUACAGCAGCCACGCUGACUUCAUGGCUGGCUGGGAUGAGAAGCUCCUGAAGCACAUCAUCGACACCUGCAACGCCGGUACCCUGGGUAUGGACAACUGCCCCGGUCUUUUCUACGGUCUCAACAAGGACGACUGCACAAUCGAAUCUGAGAUUGAUGAGAAGACCACCGGUAAAUUGGACAAGCUCCCCGGAAACAACCCUCUCAGCGGUUUCUCCUACGGUGAUGCUCCUUCCAUGCCCAACAAGGGUGACGACGACGAGAAGCCCAGCAAGCCUUCCGCUGAGCCUUCUGUCAAGCCUUCCGCUACCAAUUCGGCUCCUGAGGACAAGUCUACCGCUGUAGAGGCGCCCCAGUACACCAAGCCUGCCGACAAGCCCGAGGAGCCCACCGUCGCCAUCCCCAAGCCUACUGUGCCCAUUGUCUCCGGAGUUGUGUCUGAUGCCGCCGCCGAGGCUACCAGCGCUCUCACCAACGCCCCCAAGCCAACUGAAAUCUUUGGCAAGCCUGACCAGCCCAAGAAGUGCAAGUCUACUCGUGUCCACACUGUCUGGAACACUGUCACUGUCACUCAGACAGCCAGCGUUCCUGCCCAGACUGAGGACGCUGCUGCUGCUCCCGCUUACAAGAGGGAUCACGUCCGACGACAUGCCCACCAGCAUGGCAGCGGAUACAGCCACGUCCGCCGCCGCAGCCACCGUCACUAAACUCUGCAUUCUUAUCAGAGCACCUCGGCUGCUAAUAUAAUGACAUGUAUAGCAGCCCAGGUGACCAAAGCUUUUUAUCACAUUUCGUUGCAACGAUGCAUUUAUUAAAACGCAUAUUGUAUAGAAGGGGCGUUCUAGGGAACCCCCUUUUGCUUUGGACUGGAGAAUAUAGGGAUGGCGAUUUCACGGCAAGGCAUUUGUUUUUUUAUUCAAACUUCGCGCGGUGCACUGGAAUUCAGGAAGUUAGGGGAGGAAAAUAGUUGGAUGAUUCGAUUCGAUUCGCUUCUUAACAUGUAUAUUUAUCGAGGACAUACCUUGCUUGACAAGGACCCGAUUGCGCUAGGCGCAACUUCUUUCGCCCAUUAUGAAUCAAGGGCAGAUACCCAUUUCAUAUAAAGCGACCGGCUCAAGCAUAUACAAGUGAAUUA